AUGUCACGCCUUGAACGCUUGCUUUCCCGACCGACGGCGAAACCGUAUCGAUCAAGGGAUAUCGAGGCUUCUGAAGAGCCAUGGCUCAACGCCGAUGGUCUACUGGACUUUUCUCCCGAUGACAGGGAGAACCCCAAGAACUGGUCAACUGCUCGCCGAUGGUACAUUACAGUGGCAUCGGUCAUUCUAGUCGUUAACGCAACAUUCGCCUCAUCAAGUCCAUCUGGCACUUUGACUGGAAUUGCCACAGAUCUACACGUCUCACGGGAAGCUGCCGGAUUGGUUGUCACUCUCUUUCUUCUGGGUUACUGUGCUGGACCACUGGUUUUCGCACCCUUGUCCGAGUUUUACGGUCGCAGAUGGAUUUUCUACAUCACCUUCACUCUCUAUCUUGCAUUCAACUUCCUCUGUGCAUUCACACCCAACUUCGCUGGCCUUCUAGUCGGUCGAUUCUUGACCGGCACUUUCGCAAGCUCAUCUCUUUCUAAUGCGCCUGGCGUUCUCGCCGACAUUUGGGGUCCCAUCGAGCGUGGCAAUGCCAUGGCCGCCUUCUCCAUGAUGACCUUCGUCGGACCCGCUCUCGGACCCGUCAUUUCUGGUUUCCUGGAGUUGAAGGAAGACUGGAGAUGGUGCUUCUAUGUUCUGCUCUGGCUCGGAGGUUUCACCGAGAUCUUGAUGUUCACCAUUCCAGAAACACUUCCGGCAAUUGUCCUUCAAAACAAAGCAAGAAGGAUCAGAGCGCUCAAGAUCCCUGGGUACGAAAACGUCCAAGCUCCUGUCGAAGUCACUGAUCGAACUCUUGGCUCUAUGUUCGCUGUCGCCUUGACUCGUCCUUGGAGGAUUCUCAUCGAUCCAAUCUCAUUCGCAGUGGCCGUCUAUCUCGCAGUAGUUUACGCACUCCUGUACAUGCUGUUCACAAUUUACCCUAUCGUCUUCCAACAAAAGCGCGGCUGGAACUCUGGAGUCGGUGAACUGCCGCUGAUUGGUACUGCUGUCGGUGCAGUCAUCGGUGGAUCCAUCAUCUUUGCCGUCUCUGCACGCGACAGAAAGAGAUUGGCCGCUGGUCACAAGGCUGUUCCUGAGGAUCGUCUACCCGUCGCAAUGAUUGGCGGUGUCAUGUUCCCAAUCACCAUGUUCUGGUUUGCCUGGACUGGAAAUUUCAACAGCGUGCACUGGAUUGUGCCCACAAUUGCUGGAGUCUUCCUCUCCACCUCAAUCCUGCUGAUCUUCGUUGCAUACCUCAACUACCUGACCGACACAUAUCUUAUGUAUGCAGCAAGUGCACUUGCAGCCAACACAGUCGCACGUUCAGCCGCUGGUGCAGCCGCCCCGCUAUUCACACAGUACAUGUUUGACGCUUUGGGUGUCGGUGGUGGUGGCUCUCUCAUCGCUGGCGUGGCAUGUCUACUUGCGCCCAUUCCAUUCAUCUUCUACAAGUACGGAGGCCCCAUCCGAGAGAAGUCCAAGUUUGCUCCGACGCCGCCAAAGAAUGACGAGCCCAAAGAAGAGAGCAAUAGCAGCACCGAUGUCUCUCGCGCGCCAUCCCAUACUUUGGAAGAGAUUAAGCCAGAGAACAGCGCAACCUUUUGA